AGUUGGGUAAAUGGUGUUGCGGUGAAUGGAGUGCGUUUUAACAGAAAAGUGCUCAAAGGUUUGCAGGGAUAUUAUUGAAAUUAAAUUGUGGCCACAUUAGCCACACAAUAAAAUUAAAUUUAGUUUGUUAAUUUGUUCACCAGUGAAUCACAACAAGUGUUUGUGCACCAUAAAAGGUGAAAAGAGCUUAAAAGUUCUCUGUGAUUUUGUGCCAUAAACCACAACCACCCUCCGGGGGUGCCUUUUUUAUCCUGGUGUUUCCUGUGUAUUUUUAAUGUCGGAUGAGGGGAGUGAGAAGGCAAAAAAGGAUCAGGAUGACGAUGCGGACGAUGAUGUGAAGUGUGAACGUGUAAAGGGUUUACGUAUUGAAAUUCCAAAUUUCGUUGAAACACCCACGGAGGGUAAAUUGCAGCAACGACGCUACAGCCAGGGUGCAGUACUCACAGUUCCUGGGUACACUGACAAUCCAUCACAAUGUGAUCCAUUUCCCUUUUUGCGGCAUAGCUCCGAAAAUAUCCGGCAAAUGCCUUUCCACGAGAGUAUCCCAAAGCAGGACGGCAGUAAAUCGCUCAAGAGGUCGUGGCAUGAAGAGCACGGAUACCGUGAGUUAGAUGAUAUCAUUGAGUCUCCAUUGGCCAAAACUCCGGCUGAAGAUUGGCCGUUGAGCAACAAUCAGCAUCGAAAUAUGCUCAAUCAAUUGAACAUUGAUAUGCCAAUUGAGAAGAGUGACGCUUUCGGACCUAAAGUUAACAUCGAGAAUAUCCCGGGAACACCAAUGGAACCCGCGGAUGGCAUGGGUUCUGACUAUAGUCAGAGAACAAGUGUAAUUGUUAAUGAAGUUGCGACUGAGCAGAGAAGAAAAUCUCUUGGACACAUUCAACUUCAUUCAAUGACCGAAUCAUCCAUUGAGAAUCAUGUCAAUGGAAGUACGAGUAUGUCUGAAAAAUAUCGAAAGGCAAGUGAAGAGACAGAAACAAGGAGAUCCAGUAAGCAAAAUAAAGAGGGUCUCGAUCCCGAAUCUCUGAUGUUCCGCGAUGGACGAAGAAAAAUUGACAUGGUCAUUUGCUAUGAGGAGGAGAAUGAGGGUGUAAUGACGGAAAUUGAAGCGCGCCGACGAGAACAGAGACGCGUCUUCCAGGAGAAUCUCAUAAAGGAGGGCCUUGACUUGGAGAUGGAGGAUAAAAGUCAGGCCUUCGAUGAAAAGACAUAUUUUCUCAAAAUUCACAUCCCAUGGCGCACAGAGUCACGCUAUGCCGAGGUAAUGAACCUCAAACUACCCGUUAAGCGUUUCAUAACAAUCAGUGUAAAGGCAUGGGAUGAGGAUAGGGUGGAUAGCAAAAAGCCCAAUUGGUGGCGGAAGUAUUUACAAAAAUUUCGUGAACUUCUUGAGUAUGAUUAUAAUUUGAUUGAGAAAGAGCCCUCCUUCUACGAUGCCACAGCCGGUGGGAAUCCCGAAGAACAAUUCAUUGUCAAGGAUCGAUGCACAACGUAUACAAGUGCACAACGAAGUUCCAUUGUUAUGCAGAUUCUCAUGCGAACACGUUAUGAUGACACGGAAAAGGUGGGCAUUCGACGACUCCUGAAUGACGGAACAUACUUGGCGUGCUUCCCCCUGCAUGAGGGGCGCUACGACACCCCACACUCAAGUGGGGUAAUUUUCGAUCGUCGAUUACUCUACCUCGAAUGGGCUCGUCCCAGCAAAUGGUACAAACGACAACCUCUGUGCUUGGUGCGAAAAUAUUUUGGUGACAAAAUCGCCCUCUACUUCUGCUGGUUGGGCUUCUACACGGAGAUGCUUGUCUAUCCGGCCGUCGUGGGAUUCCUCUGCUUUCUCUAUGGGCUCGCCUCAAUGGAGUCCGAGUACAACACACCAAGCAAGGAAAUCUGUGAUAGUAGCGGCGCCGGGAAUAUCACGCUCUGCCCACUAUGUGACAAAGCCUGCAGCUAUCAGCACCUCUCGGAAUCAUGCCUCUUUGCUCGCAUGACUUACCUCUUUGAUAACCCUGCCACCGUGUUCUUUGCCAUUUUCAUGUCUUUCUGGGCAACGACUUUCCUGGAAUUGUGGAAGCGCAAGCAGUCAGUUAUAAUUUGGGAAUGGGAUUUACAGGAUACAGAGAGCGACGAAGAGAAUCGUCCGGAAUUUGAGACAUCCGUAAAGACAUUCCGCACGAAUCCCGUAACGCGAGAAAAGGAACCCUAUAUGCCAACAUCAACGCGUGCCGUGCGUUUCAUCAUCACCGGAAGUGCGGUCCUUUUUAUGGUUUCAGUUGUACUGUGUGCCGUCCUGGGUACGAUAAUCUAUCGAAUAUCUCUGGUGACGGUGAUAUACAGCGGGGGUGGUAGUUUCCUCCGUACCCACGCAAAAAUUUUCACCACCAUGACGGCUGCCCUCAUCAAUUUGGUCAUCAUCAUGAUACUCACGCGGAUUUACCAUAAACUAGCAAUUUACCUGACAAACUUGGAGAAUCCGAGAACAACCACCGAGUACGAGGAUUCGUACACCUUUAAAAUAUUCUUCUUUGAAUUCAUGAACUUCUACAGUUCCCUCAUUUACAUUGCCUUCUUCAAGGGGCGCUUCUUUGACUACCCCGGUGACGAUGUUGUGCGGAAAAGUGAAUUUCUCCGUCUCAAGGGGGACAUUUGCGAUCCCGCUGGUUGCCUCAGUGAGCUCUGUAUACAAUUAGCCAUUAUAAUGGUGGGAAAGCAAUGUUGGAAUAACUUCAUGGAAUACCUAUUUCCCAAAUUCUGGAAUUGGUGGCGACAGAGGCAACACAAAGCUAUGACCAAGGAUGAGACACAUCUUCAUAUGUCUUGGGAACAAGAUUACCAUCUACAAGAUCCAGGGAGAUUAGCUCUUUUUGAUGAAUACCUGGAAAUGAUUCUUCAGUAUGGCUUUGUAACGCUCUUCGUGGCUGCUUUUCCUUUAGCCCCACUCUUUGCCCUUCUCAACAAUGUUGCAGAAAUUCGGCUUGAUGCUUACAAAAUGGUCACCCAGGCCAGGCGUCCUUUGGCGGAAAGAGUUGAAGAUAUUGGGGCAUGGUAUGGCAUCCUUAAAAUCAUCACGUACGCAGCUGUUGUAUCUAAUGCUUUUGUAAUUGCCUACACAUCGGACUUCAUACCACGAAUGGUGUACAAGUUUGUCUAUUCGGAUAAUCACAAUCUCGUCGGCUACAUCGAUCACUCGCUAUCCACCUUCAAUACGUCUGACUACAAGGAGGAAUGGGGUGCAACACCAGCUGAAUCGGAUCCAGACACGUGCCAGUACCGCGGCUACCGGAAUGGUCCGCAAGAUCCUGUUGAACCCUACGGGCUCAGCCCACGCUACUGGCACGUGUUUGCGGCACGAUUGGCAUUUGUGGUGGUCUUUGAGCACAUUGUCUUCGUCUUGACUGGUAUUAUGCAAUUUAUCAUACCCGAUGUGCCAAGUGAGGUGCGAACGCAAACACAGCGGGAGCAAAUGCUGGCCAAGGAAGCCAAAUAUCAGCAUGGACUUAAGAAGGCCCGUGACAAUGAGUACGAAGAUCUCAUCCAAGCACUGAGAGAUCAGAACAGCAUGUCAAGCCGAACGGGAUUUGGAAUUCGUGGAAGCUGGGCUAGACGCCUAAGUCGACUAAGUGAUGGUGGUGCUGAUGCUCAUAUUGAUGUCCCAACGAAACCCAGACGAUCGCAGGAAUCAACUGUAUGGGAAGUCACCUAGCGCUAGGUGCCUCAAAUAUGUAGUUUAUGGUAAUGAAGCUGAUUAGUAACUUUUUAGUGUUUUAAUUUAAACGAAUUCUCAAGACUAUCUAUACUAUUAGCCUCUUACUCAUUUACAUUAUAUAUAUAUUUACCAAGUUCAAAUGUUGAGUGUAAAUAAAUUCUGGGAUGGUGCAUACUCCACCCACAACACUGAAAAAAUUGUUUAAGAUUUAACAACAAUUUUUAUUCGAUGAUUUUUCUAAAGGUUUUGGAUUAUUUCUUCAUGCUAUAUAUUCUGUCUAUUUCUAAGUUUGUUAUUUGAAUGUUUUUUUUUUGUGGAAAAAACCUUUGAAUUGAGAAGGUAAUUAAACUUGUUGGUGCGGUUGGUGCUAACUUUUUGAACUAACCGAUUUAACAUGAGUCAAAAUAAAAACAUCUUUAAUA